UUUCUCUCAGAAUACUAGGUAGGAGGUGGGCCACUGAAAACUAAUCUUAAUUUACACAGCCAUACUGGGUUCCAAUAUCCUUUGUUUGUCUCGUCUCGUUCAGAGAAUUCAAAAUUGGAGGCGUAAUGCCUAGUCCACAAUUUCGAUUUUAGAUCUCCUUUUGAUCGGAGACCGGGCUUAACAUUUCAACUUCAAAAUUUUUUGCGUCUCUAUAAAGACCUAAGAUAUCUAGAGCAAAACCCAAGAGUCGUACAAUUCGAUUAGCGUUCAGCGAAAUUGCGAAUACGAGCCUGCAUUUGCAUAUACACGGUAUAUUAAGACAAGCAGUACAUACACAGUGAAUAUACGAGCCUGGAUUUGCAUAUACAGUAAAAUUAGGGUAAGAAGUACAUACACAGUGAAUAUCCGUCAUGGCGGCAGUGCAGAAGAAGAGGGUUGUUAUUGUGGGAGGCGGAGUUGCAGGGGCCAACGCUGCCAAGGCCUUGGAAGACCACGCUGACGUCACGCUUAUAGAUCCGAAGGAGUAUUUUGAAGUACCAUAUGCGAAACUAAGGUGUAUGGUGGAGCCAGGUUUUGCGGAAAAAUCUGUGUUUUUGCACAGCGAAUAUUUAAAGAAGGCGAAGAUUAUUGUGUCAACUGUGACAGGGAUGACAAAGGAGGCAGUUACAACUGCUUCAGGGGAAAAAGUACAAUAUGAUUUUCUGGUGAUUGCCUGUGGGACUCCUCAUACUGGCCCUUCCACAACAACUGAGAGACUCAAACAAAUUCAAUCAAAAAACAAGAAGAUUAAAGAUGCCAAGACAAUUCUAAUAAUUGGAGGAGGACCUGCUGGAGUGGAGUUGGCUGGAGAGAUAAUAAGUGAUUUUCCAGAAAAAAAAGUUAUUCUCCUCCAUUCUCGUGGUAGGCUUCAUGAUAUUUUAGGAGAGAAAUCAUCUCAAAAAUCUCUCAAUUGGUUGAAGGGAAAGAAUGUGGAUGUGCAUUUCAAUGAACGUAUUGACUUGAGCAACAUUUCAGAGACAACAACAAGCUUCACUACAAAUAGUGGGAAGACCAUCAUUGCAGAUUGCCAUUUUAUAUGUAUAGGUAAAAAGCUGGGGACCUCAUGGGUGAAGGAUUCUAUGUUUCAGGAUGUUGUGGAUGAACGAGGCCAAAUCAAGGUGGAUAAAUAUCUACGAGUUGAAGGAACAACUAAUGUCUUUGCAGGGGGGGAUAUCAUUAAUGUUAAGGAAUUGAAGCAAGGAAACAGUGCAAUGAUGCAUGCAGUAUUGAUUGCAGAGAAUAUAAAGAAGCUCUCCAAAAAUCCAAAUGAAUCAAAAUUGGGAACUUAUAAACCAAUUCCAAAUAUUGCCUCGAUAAGCUUGGGCAGGGACACAGCAAAUACACAACUACCCUUUGGGACAUUUUGCAACCGCUUUUUCGGCAUGCUUAUAGCUAGAGACUUGUUUGUUAGUCGUACUCGCAAAGGCUUUGGCCUUAAAGCAUAGUCUUCUAAAACGACAAGUUAGAAUAUUCACUUAUUAUUAAUAUUUUUUAUUGUGGGAAUUUAGAGACAUGCUUGAGAGUUGCUUGAAAAUUAAAUAGUAUUUUUUCAUGUUGAAAUUGCUACCAAUUUUUUUUUUUCUUCUCAAGCCUAAAGAAUUAGUUUACUAUCUUCUAUAUGAUUGGUGCUUUAGACUGUAAAAGCUCUUUGCUUUGUUUAUUUUCUCAAGAAUAGUGUUUAUAUCUUAAUAUAUAUAUUUUUCAUGAA